UGGCGGUUAAUCAGGAAUUUGUCGGAGGGUCUGAAGCUCUUGAAUUAAAAGACAACGACGAAAUUGCGGUGAUUCCACCUCUCAGUGGAGGUUAAAAAUGGAGGAUAAAAAAUCGAUAGUUCACCUGCAGAAAGAGAAAUUAAAUAUAAACGAGAUAAUCGAGGCUGUAAUUUCCCCCUCGUGUGGUGCAGUCUCGACGUUCAUCGGUACAACUCGAGAUAAUUUCGAGGCUAAAAAAGUCCUGAAGCUGGAGUACGAGGCGUACGAGCCGAUGGCUCUGAAGGAGAUGUCCUCGAUCUGUCGGAAAAUCCGAGAUCAGUGGAAUGUCGAGCACAUCGCGAUUUUCCAUCGUCUUGGGGAAGUCCCUGUGUCUGAAUCUUCAAUAGCAAUCGCUAUUUCCUCUCCCCACAGACAGGAUUCCCUCCAGGCUGUCCAGUUUGCCAUCGACACCGUCAAAUCCUCUGUUCCCAUCUGGAAAAAAGAAAUCUACGAGGAUGCGGGGUCGGACUCCCAGUGGAAGGAGAACAAAGAAUGGAAUAAUGUGGUUGUCAAGUCUAAGUCUCGAUUUUCUGGGAGAGUCAAGGUCGAGGCUGAUCCCCGGGAGGUCCAGGUGACCGUCAGCUCUCAGGAACUCAUGCGAAGAAUCGAUGCUUUUAUCUCCAGGAAGAGAGAGCAGAAUAAUAUGUUCAAUAUCCAGGAGUUCUGCAGUCACAGAAAUCUGAGAGACGAUGACGAGACCUCUUGUGCUCGAGUGGAUGCCAUUCUAAUUCCCCGAAAGGAUUCUAAAAGUCAUGUGAAAGUUCACAGAGUGUUCAAUGCUCAUGGGCCUCAGACGAUGAACCCCUCGGCCCUUCGAACACCAGAACUCCUUGGAAGCCCUGAAGCCCCCAAUCCAGCCCUCGACGAACGCCUCUCGGGCCCUGAGAGAUUCCUGAUGAUCGACAAACCAGUGCCCACCGAUAUUUAUCAACGAAUUAAAAACAUCGAGGACAGAAUUCGAUUUUUGGAGAGUCUGUCACCAGAAUACAAACACUUUUUCAUGUUGGGAGCUGCUGGAGGUCAGGACAGGCCGCAGAAGCCAGUGAGAAAGAGAACAUUUUCGAGUGCUGAACUGGAUACGAAACUCGUCGAGCUCGAGGAGAAGUACGCGAAGAAAGUCAAAUGAUUGUAAUUACCGAUUUUUUUUUACUCGUAGCGAUAAGUGGAGAUAAAGGGGUUCUUGUGAAAAUUGUAGGUGUAAGUCUCGGAAUGAUUGAUGGAAAAUGGCGCCUUCCAUUUUUCUGUAUUUCGAAAAUAUUUGGGGAUUUUAUUUUAUUGAAACCUGUGUCACUCAAAUUUAUGGUGAUAAUUAAGUCUUGAAGGAAUCGAAAACUAGAGAUUCUGCUUUUUUAAUCUUUAUUAACUUAAAAAAAGUUAUCAAUUAUAUGGAGUUAAAACUUUACAAUAAUUAAAA